GUGGCGGUGGUGGUGGGGCGCAGGGCGGCGGCGGAAACUCCGGUAGCGAAGGCACGCGGACGCCCGUCUGACGUGAAGAGCGGACCGGAGGAAGCGUCCGGUACACGGUUGAAGACCUGUUGGACUUCAAAGAGGAAAUGGACGAUGGUGGUGGCGGCAGAAGCGUCGGCGGUGCGGGUGGCGGGCGCGAAAACGUAGACGGCGGUGACGAAGACGACGACGACGAAGACGAUGACGACGACGUGGACGAAGACGACGACGUGGACGACGACGACGACGUGGACAACGACGACGACCGGGUCGAUCAUCGCGGUCAAGAACAUCAUCAUCUCCUCCAUCACCAUCACCAUCAACAUCACCAACUCCCGCAACAGCAACACCACCAGCAGCAGCAGCAGCAGCAGCAGGUGGACGGCGGCGGCGGCGGUGGACGGUCCGUCAAACAGCACGUCGAGCUGACGCAAAUGCACGCCGCCGCGGCCAUGCUCUAAGCUCGUCGUUUUUCUAACGAAUUGUGACAACUUUUUGGUACACUUGAUAAACUUCGAUUUCUAUAACACGAAAUUCAUUACAUUAGUUCCAUUGCCAUUAAAACGAUACGCUGCUGUUACUUUAAGUUUUAGUGAUAAAAUCUUAAUUUUAAAAUCCUAAAAUUGUACUUUGAUUGAGUAUUGUUAUUUUUCGAACGUGACAAUAUGUUCAAAUAUUAAAAUUGUUAAUCGAUUUAAAUGUACGACUAUACUAUUCAUAAUGUACUACGUUCAGACAUCAAAACCGUUUACGCUAAAAAUAAUGUUUUAUUGCUAAUUUUAAAUACUUCGAUGUAAAGAUUUGUUGUUUUUCU